CCGCCUCCGGUGUCCAUCGGCGGGGCCUCGCCUCAGAGGCCCACCCACAGCAGGGCCUCGCUUCCCCUGCAAACUGAGGCUUUCCAUCCCCUGAAAGAGGCAGCGGCUCUUUCUCUUCCUAAUAAAUCCAUAAGGUUUGAGGGGUUCCGUUUCUGGGAGGCCAGGGAUGAGUGAGCGCUCAGCAUAUGCUCAGAGGCGCUCUUGCCCGACCGCCCCCCCAAUCGCCACGCGCGUUUUAUUUCACACGUCCUUGGCUUGAGCCUUUGCGUUGUACCCUGCUAGGAAAAGCCCCUCCCUGCUCAUAUUUGUGAGAGAGGGGCUUUGGGAUUAUCCUAGGAUUAUAUGAUAAGGGGAUAAGAAGGACGUUUUUGGCUGAUGGGCAUCUAAAAUGAGGAGCAACUUUGAAUUGCUUCUUUCAGUUAGCCAGGAUAGGUAAGUGGAGCUUCCAAGUCCAGCAGAAGUCUACCUCUUAAUACCAGAAAUGCUUGUGUAUGUUUUAGGGUGGGGUGAGGGCUCCCUGCCUUUGUGGCCUCCUUGUAGGUUUGCCAAGGGGCAGUUUGGAAACUGGAUGUUUGAAGGAGUAGAUGGAGCAUUGGCCUGAGCCAAUGUUACUGCUGAGCCAUAUGGAGAGUUUAUAGCAAAAGACAGCUGGGUGCUAGCUGGCCGGAAGUCAAACCUGUCAGGCCAGUUUAAAGUUUGGCUGUGUGGCAAGUUGGCCAGUGUAGUGAUUGUUGGUCAUGGCAAUGUGGGUGGUGAGCGUCACCAAGCACAGCGCUUGGACGAAGGUGCCUCAGCAGGGUAGCCAAGUCCCCAGCACCUGCAUUAUCAUGCCUUCAAGGUGUGCCAGUCCAAAUGCCCACCAAAGCUGGUGGCAUAGUUCUUGACGUAACAUCUAAUUCCUGGAAACAUCUGCUCAGUAGCCUAAAACACUGCUACAGAUGGUAUAAGGGAAACAAUCAGGUGUUUUAGAGUAACUUAGGAUCUAGUGUGUUCAGUACAUUUCGAGGGCACUCUUGGAAAGCAUUGGCAAGGAAUACAUAUUACAUUAAAUCCCAUAACUCGGACACUUAAAGCUGCCUGAAACAUAAGGCUUUAAAUGCCAGAUUUGUUGGUUUUAGCUCUGUAUCAUGAGCUGAAAGCCUGACUUUUUCUGGUCUUAUGUGGUGAGGCUUUUCUUUUGUAGACUCGCCUGUAGAGGUAAUGCUUCGUGAAUAAAAGCACGAAGGUAGGCCUGUUCUGUAUGGAAACGGGACUUUAGUGCUAGCCCCAGGACACCCCCUUGAAAAGCUGUGCAUUCCUGUCAAGGUUUGUAUCUGCUUCCUUACUUGAAUCGGCAACUAUCUGGCACAUUUGCAGAACUCUGCAGAUAACUUUUUGCACUUUGUUUCGUAAAUGAAUAAGUGCUCGUUCUUUCUUUGUGUAUUUGAGUUGCUUUUGAAUUGCUUCCCAUAAUUUUAUUUCAUACAAACUGAACAAUUGUGGCCCCUCUAUUUUAUUUAUAAAGGUUCAGUGUAUCUUUGCCUGCCUACAUCAAUCUGCAAGGGAGUUGCAGAAAAGCCUCAUGUUCAUCGAGCCGUGUGGGCAAGAAAACUUUUCCUUUAAAACUUUUCAACAGCGGGCAUAAAAAUUCUGCAGCUGAGGUCUUGAAGAAGGCAGAUGGGAGAUGAAACGAGGCAAAGGGUGAAGUUCACAGAUGAACGAGUCUGCAAGAGCCACCUUCUGGAUUGUUGCCCUCAUGAUAUUUUAGCAGGAACACGCAUGGACCUUGGAGAGUGUACAAAAAUUCAUGAUUUGGCACUAAGAGCAGAUUAUGAAAUCGCAAGUAAAGAGAGGGACCUGUUCUUUGAGUUGGACGCAAUGGACCACUUGGAAUCCUUCAUUGCUGAGUGUGACAGAAGAACUGAACUGGCAAAGAAACGACUUGCAGAAACACAGGAAGAGAUCAGUGCUGAAGUGGCUGCAAAGGCAGAAAAGGUGCAUGAACUAAAUGAAGACAUUGGCAAACUUCUGGCUAAAGCCGAGCAGCUGGGGGCUGAAGGGAAUGUGGAUGAAUCUCAGAAGAUACUGAUGGAAGUCGAGAAAGUCCGAGCAAAAAAGAAAGAAGCAGAGGAGGAAUACCGUAAUUCUAUGCCUGCAUCCAGUUUCCAGCAACAGAAGCUGCGUGUCUGUGAGGUCUGCUCUGCAUACCUUGGUCUUCAUGAUAACGAUCGCCGACUUGCUGAUCACUUUGGAGGCAAAUUGCACUUGGGCUUCAUUCAGAUUCGUGAGAAGCUGGACCAGUUGCGGAAAACUGUGGCAGAGAAACAGGAGAAGAGGAAUCAGGACCGGUUGAGACGGAGAGAAGAAAGAGAGCGAGAGGAGAGAACGGGUCAACGGUCUGGAUCCAGAAACAGAGAUCGCAGAAGGUCUCGCUCUCGAGAGCGGAGGCGAAGGCGUUCGAGGUCCAUUUCCCGUGAGAAGCGAAAGUCCCGCUCCAAGUCCCGGGAACGAGAGAGGCACAGGCGCCAUCGCAGCCGUUCUGGCAGCCAUAGCCGAGGCCACCGGCGAGGAUCCAGAGACAGGAGUUCAAAACACAAAUCUUCUAGAGAUCGGUCUUCAAGGGAGAAAUCACGGGAAAGAGACAAGAAAGAGAAGAGCUCUUCUGAACGGCGACACGAAAGCACGAAUGGCAAAUCUCACCCUAAGAGAUCUGAAGAGAGGGAAGCCGGCGAGAUCUGAACUCCGGACGCGAUCUGUAUUGUACUGUAUAUAUAGUCUUGAGAAAUGUUCUACACAGCCCAAAUUUUUCUCAUUUAUAUUAACUGAAUACAGCACAUCUUUUGUA